AUGGAUGCGCAACCUGGAAACCUAGAAGAGACUAAGACUGAUGUUGUAGUCACAACCUCUGAAGAUGGUGAAAACGUUUACGCAUCCGAUAAGUCCUGGACUGAUCUGCUCAUUGAAGAGUCCAUCAUUAGGAAUUUGCAUCUAAAAUCUUGGCUGAAGCCUACAUUCAUUCAAGGUGCAGCCAUCCCCACCAUCAUGAAAGGCCGAAACAUCGUUGCGCAGUCCAAAAAUGGCACAGGCAAAACAGGUGCAUUUGUGAUAGGCUCAUUAUCAAAUCCUUAAUUAAUUAGUUUUUUGAAUUUUAACUGUUUUUAAGCUUUACCAAGCAUUUUUGGACCAAAUCUUCUCCAUUUUAUUUUAUAUUUAUGCUGUCCAUUUAUUUUUCCACCCUAUUACUAUUAAUAAUCUCAUUAUCAAUGAUUGAUAAGGAUUUCCCACCUCUUCAAGCAAUCUGCAUUUCCCAUACUCGUGAACUCAAUCAGCAGAACUACAACGUCUAUUUAUCCAUUGCCAAUGAAACUGGCAUCUCAGUCGGAAUUAUCCAGAAAGGUGACAGAGACAUUCCUCGAUGUCAUGUAUUGUGCACCACACAAGGAAGCUUGCUGAAGCUUCUCAAGGAAAAAGAGCCAAGAGUGUUCGACAACGUAAAGGUAAUUGUGUACGACGAAGCAGAUAUGAUGUUCCAGCACGAAGACAACAUCAGAAUUAUACGAGAAGUUCGUAAAAGACUGAGAGACACCCAACAAGUCCUUUUUUCAGCGACUUUUGAUGAGAAAGUGAUGAAAUUUAUCAAUGAGCAAAUUCCUAAUCCUGUUAAGAAAUAAAAAUGGUGACGUUGACGAAAGAUGGAUUCCGAGACAUGCUCCAUUUGAAGCAGGAAGGACCAUCCUGAUGAAGUUGAAAAUAGUGCUACUGUCACUUUUUGAAUUAGGCCUUUAGGUUUAGGGAAGUUUUUUUCUUCCCAAAAGUUUUUCCUUAUCCCUGCCAAACGGACUAGACAGAUUUUGCCUCCCGCUUGUUCAUAGCUAAUUGAGAUUAAUGGGUAUCCACAAGAGGUGGCUAUAACCUAAAGAGCUUGUCCUUAUGCUAAGUGGGUUCAUGCCAGAUAGCAGGCUAGUGGUCUAUCCACUUAUGGCCUUAUAGCAUAAUCCAGUUACCAUCAGGAUUGAAAAUGUUGAAGACUUGACUUUGGAAAAUGUAGACCAAUACGUGAUUCAAUGCGAGCACCAACAAAAGUUCAAUACUGUCGUAGACAUUGUCAGGAGGGUCCCAUUUAGGAUGUGUAUUAUCUUUUGUAAUACAAAAGAUUAUGCUUGAAAGUAGAAAUAAAGGAAAUUUAUAUAUAAAUUUGAUAGGUAAUUAUAGAGUUUAUAAGGGAUAUAUUCAUAGAUUACAUCAACAUUUAGGAGCACAAGGAUUCAGAGCUCACGUCAUUGCAGCUGGAAUUGUAGACGAGUCUGUCAGAGAUGAAGUUAUUAAGAAAAUCCAAGGAGGAGAUGUCAGCAUUUUGCUAUCAACAAAUGUCCUCAGCCGAGGUGUCGAUUUCAGACUGGUAAGCUUGGUUAUUAACAUGGACCCACCAACUUAUAAGGAAGGGGAAGUAUUUUUGCCAGACCCAGUUACUUAUUUGCAUAGGGUUGGAAAAUAAUAAUGAAAAUGGCAUCAUCAAAAUAAGUUCUUCCAAGAAAUUUUCUGUCCUCAGGCAAUUAUGGGAUCAGCAUUCAUGUGACCUCUUAUCCAGUUAUGCCAGAAAGGCUGACUACAUAAGCUGUAAGCUUUCUCUUGGAUUAUAGGAGGCAUGGGCUUUCACUGCUUGGCAAUUUCGAAGAGGGAGACCCUUAGGCAGGAUAUAUGCAGAAGUCGCACAAACAAGUGGAUUCUGCAUGACCUGCAAUGCUUUUGGUGGGCCAGGCAGCAGCGCUUAAAUGGAUUACCUCAUAACCGUGAGUUAUAAAGGCAGCGCGUGACUCUAUGGAGUUAAAAAUGUAGUCUAGCUCGCUCUGAGAAGGAAAGGUGCCGUGCUGUAAACUAAAUAAUUAAUAAGCGCAUAUAGGGUUGGGAGAACAGGAAGAUAUGGAAGAAGAGGAGUCGCUGUAAACUUGGUGACAAAUGCAGAAAGCCAAACAGUCUUUAGGACAAUUCAGGAGUAUUAUCAUAAGGCCAUGUCGGGAACCACAAUAGAUGCACUAGUACAAAGAAUGGAAGAAGUUAAAGCAGAUUACAACGUUUAA